UACCCGGCCUGCCCCACGGCAAGAUGGCGGCCUGAAGGCAGCGGGAGGCUUAGGUCAGCCUUUCCACAGCUCCUAUCCCAGGCAGCAACAUCUGCCCCAAUUUCAGCUGAAGACUCAGGGACCCAGGGACUGGACAAUACCACAUUGCCUGCUUGGGAGGAAGAAGAGGUAGCGACUUGCCCCAGCCCAUCCCCAGAGCGGCUCCGGAGUUGGGCUGCUCACAAACCAAGCUGUGUGUUUAUAUGGAGUGCCUGGAGGGCGGCUGCCAUGAGUCUGUCGAUAACCGUGCUAACCAGGAGAGCUGGCUGGUUAUGGGAGAAGACACUAACCCUGAGCUGUUGGCUAGAGGAAGUGGAGGGGCCGUGGGAUGCGGAGAGCCGAGGGCUAACUCCUGGACAGCGGAACAGAGGGAGCUGCUGACAGACGGUUGAGGAGACUUUACUUCCCAGAAUGACCAGUGCAGCCCCAGCUAAGAAACCCUACCGUAAGGCACCACCUGAACAUCGGGAGCUGCGGCUGGAAGCCCCUGGAUCCCGGCUCGAGCAGGAGGAACCCCUGACUGAUGCAGAUAGGAUGAAGCUCUUGCAGCAGGAGAAUGAGGAGCUUCGCCGGCGCCUGGCCUCAGCCACCAGGCGCACCGAGGCCCUGGAGCGUGAGCUGGAAAUUGGGCAGGAUUGUCUGGAGCUGGAGCUGGGCCAGAGCCGCGAGGAGCUGGACAAGUUUAAGGACAAGUUCCGCAGGCUGCAGAACAGCUACACGGCCUCCCAGAGGACCAACCAAGAGUUGGAGGACAAGCUGCACACACUGGCCUCUCUUAGCCACAGCUGGAUUUUUGCAAUCAAGAAGGCUGAGAUGGAUAAGAAGACACUGGACUGGGAGAUCGUGGAGCUGACCAACAAGCUGCUGGAUGCCAAGAAUACCAUCAACAAGCUGGAGGAACUUAAUGAGCGGUACCGGCUGGACUGCAACCUGGCUGUGCAGCUCCUCAAGUGCAACAAGUCCCACUUCCGAAACCACAAGUUCGCUGAUCUGCCCUGUGAGCUACAGGACAUGGUUCGGAAGCAUCUGCACAGUGGUCAAGAGGCUGCCAGCCCGAACCCUGCUCCCAGCCUGGCCCCAGGGGCCGUGGUGCCUACCUCCAUCAUUGCCCGAGUGUUGGAGAAGCCAGAAUCUCUACUGCUGAACUCAGCCCAGUCAGGCAGUGCCGGGCAUCCCUUGGCUGAGGACGUCUUUGUGCACGUGGACAUGAGUGGGGAUGUCCCGGGUGACCCAGCCAGUCCCCUGGCCCCUGGCAGCCCCGCCCCCCAGCCCAAUGGGGAGUGUGGCUCUCUGGGCACUGCUGGGGGCUCCCCAGAGGAGGAGCUGCCCCUGCCAGCCUUUGAAAAGUUGAGUCCCUACCCCACCCCGUCCCCACCACACCCGCUGUAUCCCGGCCGCAAGGUAAUAGAGUUCUCUGAGGAUAAGGUGCAGAUCCCCCGCAACAGCCCCCUGCCCAACUGCACUUAUGCCACCCGCCAGGCCAUUUCCCUGAGCCUGGUGGAGGAGGGGAGUGAGCGGGCCCGCCCCAGCCCAGUCCCCAGCAGCCCUGCCUCAGCCCAGGCCUCACCCCACCAUCAGGCUAGCCCAGCCCCCCCAGUACUCAGUGCCCCGGCCAGCUCAGCUAGCUCUGAGGAGGACCUGUUGGCCAGCUGGCAGCGGGCAUUUGUGGACCACACCCCGCCGCCUGCCGCUGUGACCCAGCACGCUGGUUUUGGACGUGAUGUGCUCCCUGAGCUACAGCGCCAUUUUGCCCUUAGCCACACUAACAGAGAUGAUGAGGUUCAGGCACCUUCUUCCCCAUCUGGUGAAAGGCUUUUGCUGCCAACAGAACCUGAUUCUGGCUUUCCCAGGGAGGAGGAAGAGGAAGAGCUGAACCUGCCCAUCAGCCCUGAGGAGGAGCGCCAGAGCCUGCUGCCCAAUGAUAGUGGCACAGAGGAAAGUCCUGGCACUUUCCACACUGAAGGCAGGGCCUGGCCCCUCCCCAGCUCCAGCCGCCCCCAGCGCAGCCCCAAGAGGAUGGGGGUUCACCACCUACACCGCAAGGACAGCCUGACCCAGGCCCAGGAGCAGGGUAACCUGCUCAGUUAGGCCCACUGCUUGCCUUCCUGCUACUGCUGCAUGGGGACCACAAGCAGACCCAGCACCCCUGCAGCUCAGGGUCCUCAGCCCAGGCCUGCACUCUUACGCCUCCAGGCCUGUGAGGGUGGGAUCAGGCCUGGGCCACACUAAGCCUUUCAUCUACAUCGACUGACUGGCGCUAGCCCGUCUUGUGGUUUUUCCCUUUUCUUGAAUUAUUUAUUCUCCAAAGGUAACAUGCAGCUGGGUCUCAAGACCUUCCCUCCAGCCAGCCCAGAUAGGGCUGCUCUGGAGAGCUGAGGGUUUAUUACGCCAGUGUUCAUCGUCCUUUCAUAUCCAUGAAUUUUAUUUUUUGUUGGUGUGGGGGUUGUGGUUGCAGUUAUUAACCUCUAGUUUUUCUGUAUUCUGCCUGCUUCCCUCUGCCCGCAGACUCGCUACAGGAGCUGUUGCCUUCAAGGGGCCUGGCACAGCUGGUUCUAGGGGGGUGAGGGAGAGAGGCUGACUCAGGGCUCUCCUCAGCUGUUUCCUUCCUCCCUCUGGAAGGGAGCGGAGGGUGGGGUUCAGGGGCCUCAAGCUGGGCUGUGGGUGAGGCUUGGCCUCCCUCCCAACCUUGGCUCUAGACUGUUACUCCCAAUUUUGGGAAAAUUUCACAUUGCUGACUAUUUUAAAAUCAAAAUAAACUAUUUUACUGGUAU